AUGUAUCUAUCUAAGAACGAUGUGAAAGAAACGACUGAUGUUGAUAAUAAUAUACAAAUGAGACAAGCAAACACAUCACCUAUUACCUCUGACCCACCACAAUCAUUAUCUCCACCAUGCCCCACUUUACUUGUCAUAGAUGACAAUUCAAAUUCUGAGGAUUCUACCGUAAUUAAUACUGAUGACAUUCCAAAUAAACCAAUGCUUUCGACUAAUGCUCAAAUAGCACAUAUUAAAAUUUCAACAGCCUUAUCGCCAUCUACAGUUGAUAUUGCACAUGGAACAGCUGAACAACAACGUCGUCGAAAUUCAUCGAUUGCGAAGUUACUCGGUGGUCAACCCUUAAAUAAUCAACAAUAUGAAGAAAUCAAUCAACAGAUACUUGAUGCUCAAUCAGCUCAUAAUGUAUCCAAUUCAGCUGAUCAUGGAGUUGAUAGUGGAAUUCAGCGAACACGCAGUUCAAUAACGCGAACUUUGCUUAUGAAUACAGAAAAGACUAAUGUUACGACUGAAACACCUACAAAAACACAAGUAGCACCAACAACAUCAUCAUUUCCAAAAGAUUUUGAGUAUUUAAUACGCCGAGAACCUGAUAAAUUUGAUACUGAACAUGCACCAUUUUCGCUUCAACGAAAUAAUUCAAUGCCAAAAAGUUCUCAGAAUCUCAAUUCCUCUAGUAAAAAAAAUGUUCACUUAGCUGCGCAAUCGAAAUUAAAACGAAUGAGAUCAAUUUCAAAAUCGUCAUCCAUAACACCAAAUAAAUCUACAAUAAAUGCUCCACCAUUUUCGUUGCAUGAUCCAUUUGAACUGCAAUCACCAGCAACAAAUGCAGUCCCAUCGAUACAUCAUCCACAAAAUGAAUUUCUUUGUUUUAACACUUCAAAACGUCCUCGUCAUUCAAAUCUACAGCAACAUGGUUUACCAAUCGAUAGUUCAACAAAAAAUCAAUUUUCAUAUCCUUCUGAUAAAAUGGAUAAAAAUUCGUCAGUUUACGACCAAUUCUCUAUAUAUCAAGAUCGAAUUCCUUCAAACAAUAGUUCUCCUUAUUCACAUACAACUGCAUUAACAUUAUCCUCGCCGGUUGCAGCGUUAUCAUCAUCUACGACUGAACGAUAUAAUAACAAUAAUACUAAUAAUAAUAAUGCCACUGUGAAAUCGAUGCGUAAAGCAAAAUCGAUAUUUGCACAAUCGAAUGUAUUUGAUUUUCCAAAGCAACGACCGUACUGUGACAGGUCUGAUCAAUCAGAUUCACUUUUAGCAGCAUCAUCCGAGCCAAAUGUGCCAUUAAAAAAACGUUUACUUCAUGCGUAUAACAACGAACAGCGACCUACUUAA